UCAGCUAAUGCUCUGGGACAACACCAUUGUCUGUCGGCCCUCAAGGUUUGUCGAGGCGUUGGAUCACUUAGUAAGUUCCUGGCUCGCCGUUCGACUGUUUGCAUUUCAAAUGGUUGCAAUUGGCGAGGUGUUUCAGAUCAUAGUCACUUUGGAUGAAUGGGAACAGUGCACGAGGCACUUUAUUACACUUCUCCUAAUACUUUCACAGAUACUGAUGUACUGCUCUUUUGGAGAACAAGUGCUGCAAGGGGGGUGGGAUGUGGAUCGUGCUGUAUAUGCAACUCCAUGGUACACAUACUCACAGAAGUACAAGAAGCACCUGGUUCUAGUGAUCAUGAGGGCACAUCGUCCUGUUGAGAUCACAGUGGGUCAUUACUACAGCCUCUCAUUGCAGUCCUGUGAACUGAUCAUUCAAAACAUAUACUUCUUCUCAAUGUUUCUGAAUCAGAUAAGCAACAAAUCAAAAAAUGCCGCCCUCAAAUUUGAUUCAGAAUAGAAGCUGUGGAAUGGACGCACAAUGGAAUGAUACUGCAGGUGUAAAACUUUAGUGUGAAAUUAAUGUUUAGUAGCUGACUUUAAAUUAAAAUUGAAAGCAUGCUUUUGCAUGAAUGAUAUGGACCUAGAUUGAUUACACUAUUCACUUGCUGUCCCUUAAAGUUUUGGGACCGUUCUAGAAACCCGAGAUUAAUGGCCAUGGGAAACCGGUUUGCUGACUACAUGACAUCCUCUAUCUGCAAAAGUUGGCACUAACUUCGCCAGCAAGGAUCGGUCGCUUGGUCGGUAGAGUUGGCUUGUGGACUACAGACCACAGAGUUUAAAGGGUUGGGACAAAGGCUGAUUCAUAAGAAGGGUUAAUAAAUUGAGAAGAUAAUUCUCAACUGGAGUAGACAAGAGGGUCUAAGGGGGCCCAUUCGCGUACGAAUCUGGCUCGCAAGUCUGACUCGGCUCAGGUUCCAAUGAGCCAAACUCGUCCAUGUGUGGUUUGCCACGCUCAUACGUGUGUGGUGAAAUUAAUCCGAGCCAGACUCGUAGGUGUAAGGGCCGCCUAACCCAUACAGGCUGAAGGGCAGGAAUAAAUCUACUUGAAAAUUGUAUAUAUAUGUGACCCAGUAUCACAGUUGUUUUAUAGCAGAAUGAAGAGCCAUGUUAUGAGUCAAAUCUUGACAUUGCUGUGGUUUUACCGUGAGGAGUGUGAUUAAACUUGCUCACCUCUAAAUGCUGAAAGAAGAAAGGACUAAGAACUAUGAAUGAAGAAUUAAAUAAAUGAAAUAUGGACUUUGUGUAUGUUCAUGUAUUCUAUCUAAAAGCCUAAAGAAUAAUAUGUAUAAAAAUGCAGUUGUAUUAUUUGUUUUGUAUGGGCGUAAUUCCUGGUUUCUGAAUGUGAGAGUGCCUGAAUACAAUGUGAUGACCUAAACCUGUGCUGAAUCAAUUUGGAACCCUGUUUCCUUAACGACAAUUUGUGGAUGUGUAUAAAUUACAUGGUCUAGAUUUUGGCCAUGGGUUGACAAAACAAAAGCUCUUUUCCAGCUUUAGUUAAGCUAUGUUGAACAUGGCCAUUUUCUUCAUGGAUGACCACUUGCCAUCCCAGUUAAUUCAAAUAUUAGUUCUGAUGAAUAAAACUUUAUGUAGAAGCUGUUAUUUUCUCAUUUGUUUCAUGGCCAGUGUAUUGUUGUAAACAAU